AUGGCCUUGACUCCGCAACAAGUCAAGCUGGUCAGGGACACCAUUCCGGCUCUGACCGAGCAAGGAGAGGUCAUCACAACACUCUUCUACCGGAACAUGCUCACGGCUCACCCUGAACUCCAUGACUACUUCAACACGGUCAACCAGGCCAACGGCCGUCAACCUCGUGCUCUGACGGCCAUCAUCCUCAGCUUCGCCAACAACAUCAACCACAUCACCGAGUUGAUCCCCAAGAUGGAACGGAUGUGCCAGAAGCACUGCUCCCUCGGCAUAUUGCCCGAGCACUACGACAUUGUGGCCAAGUAUCUCAUUGCCGCGUUUGGAGAGGUCCUCGGACCAGCCAUGACUCCCGCGGUCCAGAUUGCCUGGAACAAGGCCUACUGGCUGCUUGCAAAGAUGCUCAUCGGCCGAGAGGCCCAGCUGUACAACGAUUGGCAGCAUUGGCAGGGCUGGAGGAAGUUUCGCAUCGAGCAAAAGGUGGAGGAGUCGGACGACAUUUACUCCUUCUACGUCGUCCCCGAAGACGGCAAGCAGCUGCCGAGCUUCAUGCCGGGCCAGUAUGUCUCGGUGCGCGUUCAGGUGCCGGGCAAGGGAUAUCUGCAGUCGCGGCAAUAUUCGCUCUCCGAGAGGCCCAAGCCGGACUAUUAUCGCUUCACGGUCAAGCGUGACCGAGGGUCGCAGACGACACGAACCCCGAGUUACCUGUCAAACUCGUUUGGCACCAACCCCGGCGUCGUCUCCAACAUGCUCAUUGACCAGAAGAACGCCGGGGACAUUCUAGAGCUGACUCACCCGGCGGGCGAGUUCUUCCUCGACACGUACAACACUUCCAACUCGCCUCUGGUGCUGAUCUCUGCCGGCGUUGGCGUCACCCCCAUGGUGGCCAUUCUCAACUCUGUGAUUGAGAAGCAGCCCAACAGGCCGGUGUCGUGGGUGCAAGGGUCGCGAGACUCGAUCCCGUUCUACCUGCACGUCCGCAAAAUCGCCCGCGACAAGCCUCACGUCAAGACCAACAUCUUCAAGACGCGCCUUGCGGAAUCGGACCUGGCGGGCGUCACGUAUGAUCACGACGCGAGGGUUGACCUUGACAAGGUGCACGCGGAAGACUUGUGGCUGAACAAUUCAUCCACCGAGUACUUUAUCUGCGGGCCGGAGCAGUUUAUGAUGGAGAUGGCCAGGCGGCUGAGGGAGUUUGGCGUCAACGGCGAUAGGAUCAAGCUUGAGCUUUUCAGCACGGGCGAUACCGAGUUCCAGGUUGAUGCGCUGAGCAUUGCGUCUGGACGAUCUCAGGCGGCGACGUCUUGCAGCAGCAGCAAUUAG